AUGAAGGCAAAGAAACAACACCCCGACAAGACACUAAGCCUGUGCAUGCCCCCAACACCAGGCAAGACCAGGCACAUGAGCAAAGUAAAGAGGGGACGAACAUCCCCGAGAGGCGCGUCCCAUGAAACUCCCGAAGGAGCGCCAAGGAAAACUCAGCCCUGGACAUUCCUGCCGCCACCGCGCCUGCGCAGCCCCGACCAGCGGGACAUCCUGGGCCAGCGCUGGCUGUCUGAUGACGUCAUGGACCAGGAGCUGCUGCAGCGGCAAUUCCAGAACACUCGCGGCCUGUACGCCAGUGGCGCCGCCUUCACCCUGCCGCCCCUGCAGCCCGGCAGCAGGGCGCUCUUCCUGCAGGUGGUGAACCGGUCUAUGCCGAUGAGCCUCGCCUCCAUGGCGGACUACAGUCGCGCGGGGAGCAGCCACUGGCUGCUGCUGUCCUCGUACGGCGCGGCGCACCCCGGCCAGCUGGCCGUGUACGACUCGCUCUACAACACCCUCUCCGCCUACACGACCGCCCUGGUGCGGCAGCUGCAGGAUCUGCACGUCCCGUCCCCGGGCGCCGUCAUGCGGCACGUGCAGCGCCAGCAGGACGGCUACAGCUGCGGCCUCUUCGCCCUUCCGUGUCAGGAUACAGGACACACAAGCAGCAACACACCCUCCCCAGCUUCCCCCGUGCAGCACUCCCACACAGGACACACAGGCAGCAACAUAUCCUCCCCAGCUUCCUCCGUGCAGCACCCCCACACUGGACACACAGGCAGCAACACACCCUCCCCAGCCACCCCCGUGCAGCACUCCCACACAUUACACACAGGCAGCAACACACCCUCCCCAGCUUCCCCCGCGCAGCACUCCCACACAGGACACACAGGACACACAGGCAGCAACACACCCUCCCCAGCUUCCCCCGUGCAGCACCCCCACACAGGACACACAGGCAGCAACACACCCUCCCCAGCUUCCCCCGUGCAGCACCCCCACACAGGACACACAGGCAGCAACACACCCUCUCCAGCUUCCCCGUGCAGCACCCCCCAUGCAGGACACACAGGCAGCAACACACACUCCCCAGCUUCCUCCGUGCAGCACCCCUUACCCCACACAGGACACACAGGCAGCAACACACCCUCCCCAGUCUCCCCCGUGCAGCACCCCUUACCCCACACAGGACACACAGGCAGCAACACACACCCCCAGCUUCCUCCGUGCAGCACCCUUACCCCACACAGGACACACAGGCAGCAACACACCUCCCCAGCUUCCCCGUGCAGCACCCCACCCCACACAGGACACACAGGCAGCAACACACCCUCCCAGCUUCCUCCGUGCAGCACCCCUUACCCCACACAGGACACACAAGCAGCAACACACCCUCCCCAGCUUCCCCCGUGCAGCACCCCCACACAGGACACACAGGCAGCAACACACCCUCCCCAGGCUCCCCCGUGCCGCACACCCACACAGGACACACAGGCAGCAACACACCCUCCCCAGCUUCCCCCGUGCAGCACCCCCACACAGGACACACAGCCCGCAACACACCUCCCCAGUCUCCCCGUGCAGCACCCCACACAGGACACACAGGCAGCAACACACCCUCCCAGUCUCCCCUGUGCAGCACCCCACACAGGACACACAGGCAGCACACCCUCCCCAGUCUCCCCCGUGCAGCACCCCCACACAGGACACACAGGCAGCAACACACCCUCCCCAGUCUCCCCCGUGCAGCACCCCCACACAGGACACACAGGCAGCAACACACCCUCCCCAGCUUCCCCCGUGCAGCACUCCCACACAGGACACACAGGCAGCAACACACCCUCCCCAGUCUCCCCCGUGCAGCACUCCCACACAGGACACACAGGCAGCAACACACCCUCCCCAGCUUCCCCCGUGCAGCACUCCCACACAGGACACACAGGCAGCAACACACCCUCCCCAGUCUCCCCCGUGCAGCACCCCCACACAGGACACACAGACAGCAACACACACUCACCCAGCUUCCCCCGACACACAGGCAGCAACACACCCUCCCCAGCUUCACCCGUGCAGCACCCCUACCCCCAAACAGGACACACAGGCAGCAACACACCCUCCCCAGCUUCCCACGUGCAGCACCCCCACACAAGACACUACCAUUCUGUCUUACGGAGGUGGAAACACCCUAACCUAAAAAGCACCGUGGACAGACUACAAACUAACAGCAUCACCGUGAACAGACUACAAACUAACAGCAGCACCGUGGACAGACUACAAACUAACAGCAUCACCGUGGACAGACUACAAACUAACAGCAUCACCGUGGACAGACUACAAACUAACAGCAGCACCGUGGACAGACUACAAACUAACAGCAUCACCGUGGACAGACUACAGACUAACAGCAUCACCGUGGACAGACUACAGACUAACAGCAUCACCGUGGACAGACUACAGACUAACAGCAUCACCGUGGACAGACUACAGACUAACAGCAGCACCGUGGACAGACUACAAACUAACAGCAUCACCGUGGACAGACUACAAACUAACAGCAUCACCGUGGACAGACUACAAACUAACAGCAUCACCGUGGACAGACUACAAACUAACAGCAUCACCGUGGACAGACUACAAACUAACAGCAUCACCGUGGACAGACUACAAACUAACAGCAUCACCGUGGACAGACUACAAACUAACAGCAUCACCGUGGACAGACUACAAACUAACAGCAGCACCGUGGACAGACUACAAACUAACAGCAGCACCGUGGACAGACAACACACUGGCAGCAGCACCGUGAACAGACUACAAACUAACAGCAGCACCGUGAACAGACUACAAACUAACAGCAGCACCGUGGACAGACUACAAACUAACAGCAGCACCGUGAACAGACUACAAACUAACAGCAGCACCGUGGACAGACUACAGACUAACAGCAUCACCGUGGACAGACUACAGACUAACAGCAUCACCGUGGACAGACUACAGACUAACAGCAGCACCGUGGACAGACUACAGACUAACAGCAGCACCGUGGACAGACUACAAACUAACAGCAGCACCGUGGACAGACUACAAACUAACAGCAGCACCGUGGACAGACUACAAACUAACAGCAGCACCGUGGACAGACAACACACUGGCAGCAGCACCGUGAACAGACUACAAACUAACAGCAGCACCGUGAACAGACUACAAACUAACAGCAGCACCGUGGACAGACUACAAACUAACAGCAGCACCGUGAACAGACUACAAACUAACAGCAGCACCGUGGACAGACUACAGACUAACAGCAUCACCGUGGACAGACUACAGACUAACAGCAUCACCGUGGACAGACUACAGACUAACAGCAGCACCGUGGACAGACUACAGACUAACAGCAGCACCGUGGACAGACUACAAACUAACAGCAGCACCGUGGACAGACUACAAACUAACAGCAGCACCGUGGACAGACUACAGACUAACAGCAGCACCGUGGACAGACUACAAACUAACAGCAGCACCGUGGACAGACUACAAACUAACAGCAGCACCGUGGACGGACUACAGACUAACAGCAGCACCGUGGACAAAUUACAGACUAACAGCAGCACCUUGGACGGACUACAGACUAACAGCAGCACCGUGGACAAAUUACAGCCUCACAGCAGCACCUUGGACGGACUACAGACUAACAGCAGCACCGUGGACAAAUUACAGACUAACAGCAGCACUUUGGACGGACUACAGACUAACAGCAGCACCGUGGACAAAUUAUAG